AUGGAGCACACCUGCAAGAAUUUCUUCCCUGAGAAUGAGAAUUGCCGAGCGAAAGAAAGCAAAGAAGAAGAACGAGAAGAUCUCUCACCUCUUGACGGGAACUUAGAAGUGAGGAGCUCCUCCACUCCAGCGUUGUUGAAUCCAACUGAGAGGAACCACCACUGGGCUCCAAAUUUGCUGCUCGAGUGUGCCAGAGCUGUGUCCUCCAAGGAUGUGUCUCGGGUCCAGCGCCUCAUGUGGCUACUCAACGAGCUCUCCUCUCCAUACGGUGACUUCGACCAGCGAAUCGCCUCGAGCUUCCUCCAGGGACUCUUCUGCAAGAUCACCGGGACUGGAAGCCGCUGCCACCGCAUCCUCAGCUCCGCCGCCGAGAGAGGCUACUCGUUCGACUCGACUCGGAAGAUGAUGCUCAAGUUCCAGGAGGUGAGCCCGUGGUCAACUUUCGGCCAUGUUGCUGCGAACGGAGUGAUUCUCGAGGCCGCCGAAGGUGAGUCUCGGCUCCACAUCGUCGACAUCAGCAACACCUUUUGCACCCAGUGGCCGACUUUUCUGGAAGCGCUGGCGACGAGGCCGGAGGGCGCACCGCAUUUGAGGCUCACCACCGUCACCACCAACAGCGAGGAGUCUGCAGCCAAAGUGAUGAAAGAGAUUGGAAACAGGCUGCAAAAGUUUGCGAGGCUGAUGGGAGUACCUUUCGAGUUUAAGGCUCUCCAGGAGCCAGAGAUGGAGAGGCUCGACGCUGAAAGGCUCGAGGUCCAGCCGGGUGAAGCACUUGUCAUCAACUGUGUCAGCUCCCUCAAUCGCGUCCACAAGAAAUCCUGUCAAAGCCCGAUGAGUUUGAGUUCCGGGAGCUCCUCGAGGAAAAAGAUGCUCGCUACUUUCCACGGCAUGAAGCCCAAGCUCGUCACGAUUGUCGACCACCAGGCCGACUUCGCCUCGACAGACUUCCUAAAGUCCUUCUGCGAGGCUCUCAGGUUCUACUCGCUUGUCUUCGAGUCGCUGGAAGAGAGCUUUGUCCGGACCAGCAACGAGCGGCUUAUGCUGGAGCGAAUCGUCGCUCGGAACAUCCUGACAAUAGUUUCUUGCAGUGAGGAUGACUUCGAGCGAGAAUACAGCCAUUCCCAGUGGUCCAGAGUCUUGAAGAAAGUGGGAUUCCGACCGAGUAACUUCAGCGACGAUGUCCGUGACGAUAUACGAGCGCUACUGAAGCGGUACAAGGAAGGCUGGGGGUGUCUACACCACCAAAGUAGUGCCUUGUUCCUCACUUGGAAGGACCAGUCCACGGUUUUCGCGUCUGCCUGGAAACCGUGCUGAUCUCGACGAAAUAGAAUAUGAAACAC